AUGUCAUCACCACCACCAUACCAGACCCCUACCAACCUCCUCAAGCGACCCUCCAUUUCCUCAGCAGCCUCACAGCCUAUUCUCAAAAAGGCGCGCAUGCAUCCUCUCCGCCAGACCUCAUUUCCGACUCUCGAAGCAGAACGCAAUUUUGGCGCAGCUAGCGACGCAGCGCAGACGGUGUAUUUGCCGGAGCGGCCCGCGGAAAAAAAACGCGGUCGCAAAAGCAAGGCUGAGAAAGAACGCGAGCGCGAGCGCGAGGAUGCUCUUAGUUCCAGAGCCGGUGAUGGUCGAUUAGGAUCUGCCGAUGCCGAGGGCUCAGUACGAGGUAUGGGCGGCGGUGGAGGAGGUGGUGAUGAUGGUGAUGAGGAUGACGAUGACGAUGAGGGCGAGCUUUUGGGCCGUGAAGAGGGCACGACUGACACGGAGGCUGAGAAGAAGAACCUCGCUAUCUUGGUGGAUGCGUUUAAUCCCAUGCAAUCUGAGCGAUAUGACUUGUUCAAGCGCGCGAAGCUGCGCAAGGAAUCACUUCGUCGUAUCGUCAACCAUGCACUAUCGCAAUCAGUUCCAGCAAGUGUUGUCACUACAGUCAACGGUUUUACUAAGGUCUUCGCUGGUGAAAUUGUCGAAAAGGCACGCACGGUGCAGGCUGAAUGGGCAACGGCAUACGAUCAAGCUGCGCGGGCUGAGUUCGAUGCCGAGGAGGAGGCUGCCGAGAAGAGAGCACAGGCCAGAGCACAGGCACAAACUCAAGCUACACAGUCUAACGCAGGAACACCUACGCCAUCUGGAACCCCGGGUGGUGGAGUCAACAAUGGUAUCAAGAAAGAGUCCGACGCAGACCAAGCCAGACCCUCAGCCACUCCUGUCCAUAAUGCCAACGCUGUAUCAUCUCCUUCUCCAUCAUUGCAUACACUCGGUCUAUCGUCAGCACCCCUACGCCCACGUCGCGAAUUCCGACCGCCGCCCAAUCCCCACCGGGGCCAACUUCUACCUGCCCACCUUCGGGAAGCGCUACGGCGCUCGAAACGCGAUGGUGAGGGUGGAGGCGUUGGCUUCUCCGGGAUGAGUCUGGACAAUUUGGGAGUCAAAGGUUCCGUUACUUGGAACGCGGGCUCUGUUGGCGGCCGUCGAAUCUUCCGUUAA